AUGGCGGCCAAUGCGGUUGACGGCAACAGGGACGGGGUUUGGCACCACGGUUCUUGUGCCCGUACGUUGAUGGAACGGGAACCGUGGUGGAGCGUGGACCUGGGUGGACGCCGGGCGGUGGCGGCCGUGGUGGUGAAGAACCGACAGGAUUGUUGUUGGCAACGGUUACGAGGAGCCCAAGUCCACGUCGGGGACGCGCCGGCCGAGCGCGGGAAAGACAACCCCAUCUGUGGCACCAUCACGGACGCCGGUCCCGGUUCCCUCAGCACCAUCUGCUGCCCUGGGCUGUUGGGUCGCUACGUCUCCAUCCUCAUCCCCGGUCGAGUGGACACGUUGGUGGUGUGUGAGGUGGAGGUGGUGUUGGAUGCUCCCAACGUGGCCCGAGGUCGCGCCGUCGCUCAAUCCUCAACGCUCAACGUCAUCAGCGUGGCCGUCAACGCCGUGGAUGGCAACGGUGACACCGACUGGGAACGUGGCUCCUGUUCCCACACAGAGAAGGAGUUGGAACCCUGGUGGCACGUAGACCUGGGUCACCGACACGCCGUCUACGCCGUCACCGUCACCAACCGUGGCGAUUGCUGCUGGGAGAGUCUUCUUGGUGCUCAAGUUCAUGUUGGUGACUCCUUGGCUGACCAUGGCAAACGCAACCCAGUUUGUGGGGUCAUCUUGGACACCGGUCCUGGUUCCACCACCACCAUCUGCUGCAACGGGUUGAUGGGUCGUUACAUCUCCAUCAUCAUCCCCGGUCGGGAGGAUUUCCUGGUCCUCUGCGAGGUGGAGGUGACAUCACAGAGCUGUGUCCCCCCUCCUGGUGCUCAAAACUUGGCCCUACGGCGCCCGGUGGCACAAUCUUCUUCGGUCAACCGGGUCGGUAACGCCAUCAACGCCGUGGAUGGGAACAGGGAUGGGACCUGGAGACACGGCUCUUGUUCUCAAACCCAGAAGGAACUGGAACCAUGGUGGAUGGUGGAUCUAGGCCGACGUCUCGCCGUGGCAGCCGUGGUGGUGAGGAACCGCUUGGAUUGCUGCUGGCACCGCUUGAAAGGUGCCCAGGUCCACGUUGGAGAUUCUCUCGCCGGUUACGGGACCAACAACCCCGUAUGUGGCACCAUCACGGACACCGGUCCCGGUUCCACCAGCACCAUCUGCUGCCGUGGGUUACGUGGUCGCUACGUCACCGUCACCAUCCCCGGGCGGGAGGAACGGUUGAGUUUGUGUGAGGUGGAGGUGGUGAGUGAGCUCUGGGGACACCAGUGUCACCAGCAACACCGGGAAGCUCAAAACGUGGCCGUGGGUCGCCCGGCCACUCAAUCCUCCAUCUUGGACACCAGUAGCGGUGCUGCCAACGCCGUAGAUGGGAACAGGGAUGGGAACUGGGAACACGGUUCCUGCAGCCACACCACGGAGGAGCUGGAACCCUGGUGGCGCGUGGAUCUGGGCCACCAACACAAGGUCUACGCCGUGGUGGUGAAGAACCGUGACGAUUGCUGCUGGGAGAGGUUGAAAGGCGCCGAGAUCCACGUCGGUGAUUCCUUGGUUGAUCGUGGACGACGCAACCCGGUUUGUGGCAUCAUCACAGACACCAACCCUGGUUCACUCAACACCAUCUGCUGCCACGGUCUUCGCGGUCGUUACGUCUCCAUCUUCAUCCCCAACCGGGAAGACGCCUUGGUGAUGUGUGAGGUGGAGGUGAUCCGCCAAGGUUGUGUCCCUCUACCUGGUGCUCCCAACGUAGCGCGUGACCAACGGGCGACACAAUCGUCCACCUCCACCGGCACCGGCGCCGCGUCCAAAGCCGUUGAUGGCAACAGGGACGGUGUUUGGCAACAUGGUUCCUGCAGCCACACGAGGAGAGAGUGGGAACCGUGGUGGAGCGUGGACCUGGGUGGACGCCGGGCGGUGGCGGCCGUGGUGGUGAAGAACCGACAGGAUUGUUGUUGGCAACGGUUACGAGGAGCCCAAGUCCACGUCGGGGACGCGCCGGCCGAGCGCGGGAAAGACAACCCCAU